UGGCGUUUAUAGUUUUUCAUAAGUAAUUUUAUUUUAUUUUAAUUUCUUGUUUCAAGAUUAAAACCAUCUUUUUAUUAUAUUUAAUUAGUUCAAAAUGUCGUCAGAAACAGCUCAAGUGAGCUCUUUGCCACUACCCCCUAUGCAAUACAUUAAUUUUUACACUGAUGACAAUGUAAGACGAAAUAGGGCUCCUCUACCACCGAGGCCUAUUCAUGACUCGUACUCAAUGUUUGGCCACCCCUUCAAUGCUGAUGAUACAAUUAUAAGAUCCCUGGAGAGUCAGGGCUUCAGAAGAUUGUAUCCAAUGCAUUUUGAUAGAAGAAGAGAGUUGAAAAAAUUGAACCACUCAUUGCUAGUGAAUUUCUUGGACUUGUUAGAUCUGCUAGUUCACUGCCCUGAUUCACCGAAGCGAGCAGAAAAGGUUGAAGACUUGAGUCUGUUGUUCAUACACAUACAUCACCUGCUCAAUGAGUUUAGGCCUCACCAGGCUCGGGAGACUUUGAGAGUUAUGAUGGAACUGCAAAAACGUCAAAGAGUGGAAACUACACUGAGAUUCCAGAAGCAUUUAGACAAGGUCCAGGAUAUAUUACAGAAUGCUCUUCAAGGCUUGCCAAAUCAGAAUGAAGUCGAGUCUAAUUUCAAAGUGCCUGUAGAAAUUCUGGAUCAAAUGACUGUGGGCUCUGGUGACGGAGCUAAUUCUGAUCCCUGUUAUGAACUUGAUCGCCUUAUGUGUAAUGUUGUGGAUAAUAUGAGAUAGUUUAAGUUGGUUUAGAAUUGCUACAUUAUAAGUACUAUAACAACUGAUAGGUUAAGUCAUUUUU